GAUUUGUCUCUGGACAGGCAGCGUGACGGGCUUGAUGUGCGUCCUUCUCAUCACCAUUAAGUUCCUGUUUGAGCUCAGUUCCCGAGUCCUCACUUUCUGGCACCAUGAGGGACGUGAGCGUGGGACGGAGCGUACCAUCUACAACUAUGUACGGGGGAAGUACCUGGAGCCCCGCUCCUGUCAGGUCUCUUGGGACUGGAAUGAGCCAUGUGAGGUUGGACAGCCCUUGGGAUUCCGAGUCCAUCUCUUCUACAGGAACGGUCAUCCUUUCCCCAUCGGCGGUACCAUGUCCCUGCGGGUCCACAUCUCGCACACCGAGCUGUCUCUGGAAGUCCCGGUCACUUUGGAGGUUCUCCAGGAUCCCCUGAGAAAUGUGGUGAAAGCCGCUUUUACUGUGAGGAAGUCCGGGAGAUACCAGAUCACCGUCAGCGUUGGUGGCCUGAAUGUUGGACAUAGUCCUUACUACAAGGCCUUCCACCCAGGUGUUGUGGAUCCGGCCAAGACGCAGAUCAUGGGCCACUUUUCCACUCUGGUACUGACCUGUGGAGAGCAGCACACACUCCAUGUUGCUCCAUGUGACCAGUAUGGGAACCCCACCAAUGACAGUGUGAGAGAGUUGGAGAGCUACGCGCUGUCCCUCAGUGAGCUUGGGGUGCUGGGCAUGGCCGACGGCUGCUGCCAGACCACUGUGUGUAGUGGGAAGCAAAAGCGGGUCCUGCUUCACCUGACUCUGCUCCAGACCGGAUGUUUCCAGGCCACCCUGCGCUACCAGGGCCACCCCGUCAGCAAUGGACACUUCAGCAUCAUCGUUCUGAGUGACGAGGAGAAGGCCGCUGUGGAUAACAAUGUUUCACAUUCUGGGGUCGGAGUUUUCUUUGAGGGUUACCUGUACCCGCCCUCCAGUCCACCCAAUGUCUCCGGACAGCAGAGUCCCUCAUUCAGCAGCCAGAAGGAGGAUCGAACCACCUCUUGUAGCGGGAGCGCCAUGGAGAGAAUGAAGAAACCUAAAAAGGUGUAUUUCUAUAUCUCCCCGAAGCAACUCUCCGUGAAAGAAUUCUACCUGCGGAUCAUUCCAUGGAGGCUCUUCACUUUCCGAGUGUGUCCCGGGACCAAGUUCCUUUACCUCCCCCCGGACCCUGUGCAUGGUCUGCUUUCCUUACAAGUGGACGAUGGCCUGCAGCCUCCAAUAGAAGUCAGCUGUAAAGACCGCAAUGUCAUGGCCGCCACGUUCACUCGUUUCCUGCACUUGAAUAUCGGCGGAUCUGAGACGUUCCAGGACAAGGUCGCCUUCUUCCAGAAAGAACUGAAAAACAUUCAUUGCAAGAAAAGCCGCAGCAAGAUCACGCUGAGAGUGAACAGACACUCGCUGCUAGAGAGUUCUCUUCGAACGACAAAAAGCUUCUCCGUCUCUGAUUGGAGCAAAAACUUUGAAGUGAUGUUUCAGGAUGAAGAAGCUCUGGACUGGGGAGGACCGCGGCGCGAGUGGUUUGAGCUCAUCUGUAAAGUCUUAUUUGACACAAACAACAAACUUUUCACUCGCUUCAGUGACAACACCCAGGGCCUGGUUCAUCCCAACCCUUGCCGCCACCCCGGCCUCCGCAUGAAGAUGUACGAGUUUGCCGGCCGCGUGGUGGGGAAGUGCCUGUUUGAAUCGUGUCAGGGGGGCGGCUAUGAACAGCUGGUGAGGGCCCGAUUCACCCGAUCUUUCCUGGCUCAGAUCAUCGGACUUCGAAUGCACUACAAGUAUUUCGAGACGGAUGACCCGGAUUUCUUCCAGUCCAAGGUCCUCUAUCUCCUCACUCAUGACAUCACAGAUACAGAUCUGGCGUUUGCAGAAGAGAAGUACGGGCGCGGCGGUCAGCUGGAAAAGGUGGUGGAGCUGAUUCCUGGCGGAGAUCACAUCCCUGUCACCAAUGAGAACAAGAUCUAUUAUCUGAACCUUCUGGCCCAGCACCGCUUGUGCAACCAAGUCCGCGAGGAGGUGGAGCACUUCCUGAGAGGUGAGUUGAAUGAACUCAUCCCAGACAACCUACUCGGCAUCUUUGAUGAGAAUGAGUUGGAGCUCCUCAUGUGUGGCACCGGGCACAUCGCUGUGCAGGACUUCCAGGCCCACGCCGUGGUCAUCGGAGGAUCCUGGCACUUCAGAGAGAAGGUGAUGAGCUGGUUCUGGGCCGUGGUCUCCAGUUUCACGCAGGAGGAGCUGGCCCGUCUACUGCAGUUCACCACGGGGUCCUCCCAAGGGAGGGGUUAGUCUC